AGGUCAAGAUCUUAUACGUGAGAAACCUUAUGCUGCACACCACUGAGGAGACCAUUGCCAAAGAGUUCAAUGCGUUCAAGGAAGGCAGUGUGGAGAGGGUUAAGAAGCUCAGAGACUUUGCCUUCAUUCAUUUCUUCACCAGAGAGGAUGCCCUCAACGCCAUGAAUGCAAUGGACGAUGCCUUACUCGAUGGUGCUAAGAUCGAGGUUGUUCUAGCCAAGCCUGUAGACAAAGGCAACUACGUCCGGUACACCCGUGGAGCAGGGCGGGGCUACGUCCAGCAGGGUCUCUAUGGUUACGAGCAGCAGCAGCAGCAGCAAUCGAGCCCCUCUUACUAUCCAGGUUACAGCAAUCCAACUGGAAUGCCACCAAUGAUGGGAAUGGGCGGCGGUAGAGGCGGCGGUAUGAUGCAACGCUCACCGAUCCGUGGCGGUACCAGAGGUCGUGGCGGCGGCGGUGGUAUGCGUGGUGCCGGUGGAACCAGAAGCUACGGCAUGGGACGAGGAUACAACCGAUACGACAGGAAACCUCAGGAGCCACGCCUGUUCGACCUCCUACCCGGAAUGGAAUUGACCCCAACCAACCCAGUAACUAUUAAACCAGAGAAAAAUAACAUUCAGGUCUUGGAGGAGCUUUGCAAUAAGAACCAAUGGGGCCCACCCAGCUUCACUCCCCUCUCUCACCGUACCAACAGUGAAGUCCAGCUCUUCAUCUAUAAGGUGACUGUUCCAGGUCUAUCAGCCAACUAUCCCGAUGGCCUUACGCCCCAGAAGCUUCACCAGACCCCAGACCAGGCUAAGAACUUUGCCGCUGAGUGCCUGCUGGCUUCCCUCGGGGUUCCAGUCGAUGGUGAGCUGUAAUAGAGAGGGCCAUAGAUCAAUGUAAGACU